ACCUUCAAUGACAAGUGUAAAAUGUUGCAUAGGCGAAAGUGCCACCUGACUUGGCCGAAUGAUUACGGUGAAUUUGCCCGGAGCAAGCGCCCAUAAAUUACAACAAACUCGAUCUAGUAUUCUUGAUGCAACGGGGGGCUUAGCUGGGAUAGCUUACUAAAUGCCCUUUGUUGUUACGAUGCUACGGAACGGGCGGUGCUCACUGAUUUCGAAAAAGACCCCCUUCAAUGCCGUGUCGAACUGAUGUGCCCUACCCAGCCACUUCGACGCAGUCAUCCACUUCUCCCCUUCUACCAGAGUUUCACGAGGGGGGGUCUUCGAUAUCUUUCGGGAACCAAAUCUCCUGACUAGAAUUCAUUCGCCGGUGGAGGCUGUAUUAUGCAUCUCCGUACAUAACCCCUCGAUGAUUAGCCGUUUCAGUUCAUCCUUGCUUCUCAGCUUCUUAGAUGGCUUCCCAAAAGGUCCAUGGACAAGUCCUGCAACCAGGCUCGGCUUGCUUGACUUGCAGGCAGCGGAAAACGAAAUGUGAUGGGGUACGCCCCAUUUGCGGUCGCUGCGCUCGACUCGGAAAACAGUGCGCAUUCGAGAACGAGACGAGGAAGCCCAGGACUGAACGAUUGCUCGAUAAAAUUGCACUCCUGGAGAGCAAGAUAGCGGCAUAUGACCCCCAAAAUGCCCAUCUCAGUUAUAACAGCGAUGGUGGAAUGACUUCUCAAGCGUCGUCCUCACGAAAUGUGGCCGACGACCAUGCAAGUAUCGGGCAUCCCCCGUCUGAAGGCUAUCUCGCCCAGGAACUGUCAUCCACCCACUCAAGCUCUUCGUCAUCUCCCAGUACCGGGAGACCCAUGGAGCUCCUCCCCAUUUAUCCUCAAUCCUCGUUUGCCAUGUUGCAUGGUGGAGGAGUGGAUGGGGGCGACCUGAAUAUCGUGCACACCUCAUCUGUUGCGUACAAUGCUGUGAUAUCAUGCGAAGUCCUGGAGCACUCUUUGCAUCAAUGGAAUGGCCAGGGUGACGUACCCGAGUUUUUGUGCGAUUACCUUGUGCGACUGUUCCUUCCGCAUCGUUCUCAAUUCCAUUUCCACGCGGAUGUUCGCUCGUUCCUUACGCGUAUUCACCUGCCAGCCAAUUACCCUCAAGCCUUACAUCCAGCCUUCCUUAAUUCAGUUUUUCUGUUAGCGUGCCAUGUCUCUCUGUCAACCACGCGCAGCUCGGUUAUCGCAACUUACGAGCGAAUCUUCCUCCAGCGUACUCGCACCCAACUGGAACAGUCCCUCGCAUAUGCGGACCGCCUAACACAUUUUCUUUGGGGAUCCGCAUUCCUUGGCUCGUAUUAUACACGUUGUGGGCGAUUCGUCGAGGCGUACAACACGAUAUCUGCAGCUGUUCGCUUUGCGGUGGGAUGUGGCAUAGAUGCAUUCUCGUUCCCUCAUAAUGGCGCGACCUGCCAACCGUUUGACAUGCUUCAAAGUGAUACGAAUUACGAGGCAGCAUUCAUGCACUUACAAUCUGGCAGUGUGCCAACUUCGCGAGAUGGCAAACUUCUGGCUCCAUCAAAUUCUCCCGAGGAGCUCCUCAGGAGAAAUCAUCUCUGGGGUGCGAUUUUCCUUACCGACAGGACGCUGGUUGAGGCAUCCGGAAUGCCAUCAUCUGUCCCAAGAGCUGCAUUGGACAUCAUACAUCAACAUGCUUUCAAUAUGACACUCGAGGAGCUAAUGACUCCAAUGAUGCAUGAUUCCCAGCGUCACCCUUCCUUGUCCGGCCAUGUUGCGUUAGACUACGCUGGGAGUAUCCGCCUACGAGUCAAUGGCACCUGCCUCAUGGAAGCCAUUCAGAGCCUGGCCAUAACCAUGAAAGGCCCUGAUGCGGCUAAUAGACUUGGUUCUGGCUCAUUUUGGCAGACAUUCAACCUCCUGGGCGCUCGUACUCAGCGAGAUAAAACCGCCUUUCCCCCGCUCAACAGUGCAUUUUCCCUUGAACAUGCAGAAUGUGUAAACACCGCUGCUGGGAUAGUGGCACCAUACCCCAAUCCAACUAUCUUCGUCUGCAUGCUCCUGAACUAUGCAGCAGAAAUCCAACUGCAUCAGCUCUUAAAUGAUGUUCUAUCUUUCCACUCCCAGAGGACAUCUCACGGGACGUCGAAUGUCACCGAGAUGCAGCGCAACGCUGAGCGCAGGGGCGUCAAGGCAGCACAUGGAAUGGCAGGACUUCUCCGAGUCGUGAUAUCUCCCAGCAGCGGACAUGACUCACCGGGUUUAACCACUGACGGCACUCAUGGGAGUGGAGACAGGGGGAUUGGCGCCAUUUCAAGCAUUUAUGCUGAUACUAGCCUUGCGGUUUAUGUCCACCUCGCCUGCCACGUCCUUAUGAAAGAUGUCGAAAGGCACCAUCAACUACCCGUUUCCAAUCAGGACAAGGCUGAUUUAUGGACCACGUUUGAUAAUUUGGGAGUUCUCAUUGGUGGUUUGAUGGACUUUUCGAGAUCUCAACCUUCCUUCAGGGCUGACGCACAUAAGCUGCGGAACACGAUGAAGGACCGAUCCAGUAAAAUCUUUGGGGUGUGAAUGAGAUGAAAUACUGUUGAUCAUGGACUGUUCUACCCGAUAGAGAUGCCCCUAUACCUAUCUACGUAUUAUAGUGACUACUAAUUCCGUAUGUCACCCAACAGUGGGGAUGUUACAUAAUCUUACACUAAGUCCAAUUUUUUUUUGAUUGUAUUCGAUAUUCUUGUCAUGUGUCACGUCAUAUCAUGGUAGUUCCCCGAUGAUGAGUCUGCCUUGAUGCCCGGCCUCGUGCCUACGUGGCUAUCCCAUCUGUUUACACCGUGUCAUACAUCCACGGGAUCGCCAGUUACACGGUAGGAGAUUUUGUGUGUCGUCA